AUGUGCGCUGUGCGCCCACACGCCGCUGCCGCCUCGAGAUUGCGAUGUGCAGGGGUGUCUGAAACGAGAUACGAUAUACCCGAAACGACGUGGCCGGGCAGAAUGCGCAUCGGGGUGGCGAAUCCGGACAUCUCGUGCGCGGUGAUGCAGCGACCGGCUGCCGUGCGCGGUGAUGUGUCCGCCGGACUGGGGCAGCUCACGCGGAGGGGCCCCUGUCCGGCGGCAAAAAGAGGCGGCCGCGGUGCACGGGUGUCGCCGCGCACGACGCGAAAACGCGACACGUCAGCUUUCCGCACACGCGGCGCCCGCCGCGCUGGCUGCAAAUUGGCGCGCUGGUCGCGUGGCCGUCUGGCCCACAGCGCAGCAGCCACUGUGCUCCGCCGGGCCUACGUGGCACUUGUUACGUGGCGCGUUUCGGGUCUCGAUCUUGAGAUGUCGCUCGGUCUUGACACUCGUGGCGGGAAAGGCAGUGGAAGUGCAUGUCGUGUCAUGUGCAUGUCGUGUCGUAUGCCGGUGGAAACUAAUAUAAACAACAGUUUCUCCAAGCGACGGAAGUAUAUCUGA